AUGGCUCAGCCCUUUCCAAAUCUUCAAAAAGAGAUAAAAGUAAUAGAGAAAGCAAUGACGCCAAAAGUCGAAGCAGAAAUUUUCGACAGUUCAAAGAACCCAUCCGACGACAAGAUCGAAGUCUUCGACGCAGCUCAUGCUGGAAGAAUGAUGAAGACCUUCAACGAUUUGAGGAAAAAUAAUCUCUUCACGGAUGUGAUUUUAUCAGUCGCUGGAAAGGAGUUUGCCUGUCACAGGGCUGUUCUUGUCGCAGGAUCAAAUUAUUUCAGAGCGAUGUUUUGCAACGACCACCGAGAGUCAAAAGAAAUGCUCGUCCAAAUCAACGGUCUCCAAAGCGAAGUAAUGGAAGUCCUUUUAACUUUUCUCUACACGGCCAAAACCACAAUCGACCAAAGCAACGUCCAAAUGCUCCUCGAAGCGGCAAAUCUUUUUCAAAUCGAUCUUUUGCGUCGAAACUGCACGACUUUUAUGGAGAAACAGCUCGAUCCCUGCAAUUGUUUGGGAAUGAAGCACUUUGCUGAUGCGCAUGGGUUGGAGAAGCUCUCGAUGGACGCAGAGAAAAUGAUUCUUGAAAAGUUCAUGGAAGUGAUGAGUCACGACGAAUUCAAACUUAUGCCGAAGGAAGUCAUCGUCGAUGUCAUCAAAGGCGACGACUUGGAAGUCAACGACGAAGUCCUCGUUUACCGAGCGGUUAAAAGCGUUGCUGGCGACAGUAUCCGAUUCAAGCCUCGCAAGAUCUCCUCCCGUCUCGACGUCCUCGUCUCUAUCGGUGGAUCCGACCGCGUUGGGGGCUACAAUGCGCCGUAUGUUGAAGCUUGGAAUCCUCUCCAACGAAUGUGGAAGCAAUUUGCGAAGCUGCCGAAUUUCACAAAAACGGAUUAUUCUGUUUGCCAAUGCAAGAAUAUGAUCAUUGUAACUGGCGGCAAAAUGCAUAAUAAAGAGGUUUGGAUUUAUCAGAUCAAUGUCGAUCAGUGGAUCAAAGGUGCUCCACUCAAUACUGGAAGAUAUGGCCACAGAAUGGCUUCUUGUCAGGGAAGUCCUUACGUUAUCGGUGGCUUUGGUGGCCCUGGGACUGGCUCACAGCCGCCAGAGAGAAUUGACGCUGUUGAAAAGUAUGAUUUCUUCAACAAUUGCUGGAAAGACAUGUGCUCAAUGAUCGAAGCGGUCGCGAAUCCUGCCGUGAGUGCCUACAAUGCAAAGAUCUUCUGCUUUGGUGGACAAUUCGACAUGAAGGGCGCGAACAAUAAGCUGCAAAUUUAUGACUCGAUAACAAAUCAGUGGAGUUUGGGAAACAGGACUCUCUCCCCUCAAAAUCCAGUCGCAGCCGCAUCCGCUUGUGGUUCAAUCUGGAUUCUCGGCGGCGAAACGUCCGAAAUCUUCAAAUACAAGCCUUCUACUGAUGAGUGGAGUCAAAUGGCCAUUACUCUCCCCAAUCAUAUAAAUCACUGCGAAAUGACAACUGUGAACAACAAAAUCUACUUCACUGGAAUCUUGACGGAUCAUCCAGACCCACUUUUGAAUAUUUGGUCGUUUUGUCCAACAAAGGGCGAGAUCGACACUGCCUGUGGACAGAUGGAGCGAUACACAUGCAUGCAUGGGGUUGUCUGCAUAACAUUGGAUAAGCCAGAGGAAUUCAUGGGAGCAAAGAAGCCUAAUCGCCGACAGCAUACGCGGAGCAACAUAACCGAGUCUUUCGACGGCAGUCGACGACCAAGUGAGACGCCAAGAUAUCGCGACUUUUGA